GUGACACACUUGUUUUUCUUUCAUUUUUUUUUUGUUGUGGUUUCCUCGCUCUGCAGCCGUGCAAAGGAAAGCGCUGGUGUUGUCUUGGUGACGCUGGCAGGCUCAGCGAUUCAUUCAUUGUCUUCUUGUUUUGACGGGGAAGGCUUCCACGACACGUGCAAUCGACUCCUCCCUCAAAUUUGAGCGAAACUGCGCUCCAGCAUUUUCGUUUUUUUUUUUAAAUUAGAGACCGCAACAUCAGCACCGGCACCUCGUCAUAGAUCUUAACUAACACCAUUGCCGUAAUAACGACGCGGACGUAUGCCCUCAGCACCUCGGUCGCGUCCGGCCAAGACGGCCAAGACGGCCAAGACGGCGGGGAGGCGCUCCGCCAGCGCGGCACACACGAAGGAAAAGAAGAAAACUGCCCGCACCACAUCGAGACAGGAGGGCGAUGCUGCAAGUGCGACUGCACCUGCCGCUGAGCGGGGCUCGAAGGGUGUCCCGGCGCCUGCCGCCGUCCUGAUGCAAGCCCUCGGCCUGCCGGUGACUUUUCCGACCGGCAACACCAUCACCAGCGACGGCCACCUCGAGGCCACUGCGGUUGUGGCGCCCGCAGACGCCAGCGGUCCCUCGCCCGCCGUCGCUGGAAUGGAAGUGGAGGUGGAAACGAAGCAGGGGUACCUUUACUCCGGCAAACUGGCCCUGCUCGAUGCGCAUUACAACGUGCUCCUGCACGAAAGCCUCGUCCGACGUGCACGCGCCUUCGACUACGAGCGGGCAGCACGAGAGCAGGAGGAGCAGCAAGAGGCGCGACUCAUCGCGAGCAGCCUACGCGGCAGCUCCUACUACGACGCUGCCGCCGCUGCGGAGACAGCGGCGACGUCAACAUUGUCAACGUCAGCAACGGCACACUACCUGCAGCUGCAGGAUCGCCUGCCGCGACCGCGCUACGUCGGCACCGUGUCGCUGCGCAGCAACAACGUGGUGCUGAUGCGUUUCGUGGAGCCGACGGGCUUGCCGACUACCUCUGCAGCUGCUGCUGCGACUGCGGUGGCGGAUUCAGCGUGGGGGCGGCUGCGGCGGUCGUUCUCGGCCAUGGCGGCGGCGAUUAAGGCGCACCUGCAGAAGGAAAAGAUGCGCCGGCGUGCGGCACGUCGGGCACGUCUGGCGGCGAAGAAGGCGUGA